GCUUAUCGAAAGUCUCUUUACGGAGAUCGCUUUCUCGAGGUUUCCUACAUCUACUCCGAUGGGAGAGGACGUAUUGAGAUAUUGAUUGGAGCUUCAGGCGAUAUCAUUCUUGCGAAGGAGUUUUAUCUCAGGAGUGUCGCAGACGAGGAGAUGGCCAGAUGCAUGGCCUAUAUCUGCAAGAUUGAUCCACCAGCGCUUCUCGAGAUCAGCUACGUGGUUCUAGAGUCGAUAGCCACGCGAGUUCUCAAUGACAAGGAGUUCCAGACGGCAGCACUCACUCACGAGGGGGUACCGCUUAUUGUCAUUGAUUGAG